CUCUUGCCAGCUGGGGAGCUGUCAGUCGACGUUUGGACGACUUUUAUGGUGAGGUGUUUGCUUGUGGUUUUCUCCAGGGGUCGCAAUCGCAAAUUUCGUGCGAAGAAAGCGGAAAAGUGCGCGGUGAUAAAAUAUGUAAUGUGUUGUGAUAAUUAGCUCGCCCACGGUCAGUAAAAUGUCUUACCUGAGUCACGGCGGCGAUAUCGUGAAUUUAAAUGUCGGUGGAAAGAGGUUCUCUACCUCCCGCCAAACACUUACCUGGAUUCCAGAUACAUUUUUCACGGCUCUGCUCAGCGGCCGAAUUUCCAGUUUACGUGAUGAAAAUGGUGCCAUUUUCAUCGACCGUGAUCCUGACUACUUCGCCAUUAUAUUGAAUUAUUUACGAACUAAGGAUAUUGAUAUUAGCAAAUGCGAUGUAAGGGCAUUACGCCAUGAAGCUGAGUAUUACAGCAUUUCGCCCCUUAUAAAAAGAUUGAUGCUGUGCGAAGACAUUUUGCAUUCAUCAUGUGGAGAUGUAUUGUUCUACGGCUAUUUAGCUCCACCAGUUAUGCCCCCCAUUCCAGCUUCUGCCGUAUCUAGUGGACAGGAUGGAAAUCAAUCGGCGGGAGCUAGUUGUGCUGCGAGUGAAGUUAAUGUUUCUUCAACAAGUUCUAACGGCAAUGGUUGUUCGAUACAACAUGUCUCAUCGAACGGACAUUCUGGGCUUAAUGCCAGGCCAGGGUCCAUGGUAAGAGUGCCUGAACUGUCAUCUAGUGUUUCGAACGGAGGACGACAUUCCAGCCAUUCCCGUAAUUCGUCAUGGGAUUUACGUUCAGCAGGUCGUAAUUCCCAAGACAUGCGACCAUCUUGGGCAUCAGCUGCUGCUGGUCACUCACGCACGGCUUCGCUGGAUCUACGACAUUCUCGACAGUCUUCAGCAGAUUUGAAUAAAUACAUUAAAAACGACGUUGGAAUGGUGUUCAGUAGCUCACAUCUCUCUUCGCAAUGGAUUGAUCCUCUACGUGUUCAAAUCAUCAAAGCUCAUCACAACUGGAUUCUGAUUGCAUACGCUCAUUUUGUAACGUGCUAUCGCCUUAAGGACUCAACAGGUUGGCAACUAGUCUUCACAUCACCCUAUAUAGAAAGUACCAUAGAACGAAUUGCAAUCAACGCUAAGGUGAAUUUAUCAAGUGCUGAGCCAUCACCAAGUAAGAUGGUGGCAAUUUCAUAUGGAAGUCAGAUCAGGUUGUGGGGAAUUCAGGAGAAUGGGAAUAAAAUUGAUGUUGGAACUUUCAACUUAAACGUACGAGUUGAGCAUCUGUUCUUUAUAGGGAGCCAAUUAGUAGCACUUUCAUCGUCAGGUAAAAUCGGCGUUUGGCAUGCAAUGACCCAACAUUGGCAAAUUCAAGACUUGGUGCCGAUUUUAUCAUUUGACAGUGCCGGAUCUUUCUUACUGCUUGGAUGUAAUAAUGGGUCAAUAUAUUACAUAGAUAUGCAGAAAUUCCCGUUACGCAUGAAGGACAACGAUUUAUUGGUGACGGAGCUAUACAAGGAUCCAGCUAACGAUCAUAUCACUGCUAUCUCAGUGUAUCUAACUCCAAAGACAUCAAACAUUGAAACAGAUUCAGAUACUGUGUAUAUAGUUAGAUUGAUAAAUGAUAUUAUGCGUUUGUGUAAACUCCAAUUCUGUACAGGCUUAUGUGGAAAUUGGAUUGAAAUCGCCUACGGCACAAAAUCGGGUUCAGUGCGUGUAAUUGUGCAGCACCCCGAAACGGUAGGCCACGGGCCUCAAUUAUUUCAAACAUUCACAGUACAUCAAAGUCCUGUCACGAAGGUUACACUGUCUGAAAAAUACUUGAUAUCUGUCUGUAGCGAAUACAAUCAUGUUCGAACCUGGCGGGUGACUAGGUUUCGUGGAAUGAUAUCGACGCAGCCAGGCUCAACUCCAGAAGCAUCUUUCAAAAUCGUAUCUCUAGAAGCUACUGACACGAAUUACAGUUAUUCGGCUGGCAAUGAUUUCGGUCCUUUCGGUGAACAGGACGAUGAGCAAAUAUUUGUGCAAAAAGUUGUGCCUGAAACGGAUCAGCUGUACGUACGUCUAGCAUCAAAUGGCGAGCGAAUUUGUAUUAUAAAAUCUGUUGAUGGAACAACAAUGACUUCAUUUUGUGUUCAUGAAUGUGAAGGACCUACGCGCAUGGGGUCGAGGUUCAUUUUAACCGGUCACAGCAAUGGUGCUAUUCAGAUGUGGGAUCUUUCGACUGCACUAGAACUGUCUUCAAAAUCAGAACCAAUCCAGCCGUACGGCGGGGGCCCUUCGCCCGAAGAGCUACUCCGACUUUUAGAUCAAUGUGAUUUGAGUAAUAGUCAUUGCUCGACACCGUGUAUGUCCCCUUGCCCGUCGGCGCUAGCCAAUCCAACAGUUGCUCGAUUGAAAGCAAGUAAUGCUGCGCUAUUGAAUCAAUGCCAACAUCAAAGUGAUUAAGUUCGCAUUUAAAAAUAUUUCUCUCUAUAUUAUACAAUUAUUAUUAUCCGUUUAGAAUAUUUAUGUUAUAAAAUCGUUAUAUUUUCUCAUUUAUUAUAUUAUGAGACGAAAGAAAUCGAUAAAAAAAUUUUAAAAUUGCAAUAGC